AUUCAAAAGCCAUGUGGAGCUUAGCCUGCUGGAGCCUACCACGAAGAAGAAAGAAGCAAAAUGGAAAACGGCACAGAUUUGUCAAACAAAAGGCGAGAAAGGCAACGAAGGUUAAAAAAAAAAAAAAAAAAAAGGCCCUGGCAGCACUUCUCGAUUCUUGUCCGUGUUGGCGAAGGGGACGGCACAAAAGUGUCCACUUGACGGAGCAGCCGUACUCUAUCCCAUACGUUCGUUGACCAAAUAGAACUGGAUGGCAGCCAGUGGGCAGUGGACAGCAUACGGAGCUUAAUUCGUAUAGUAUAGUUCCUCUAACAGGAAACCACGGCUAUGGGGAUCGAAGCUGUACUACUGCUCACUCCCACCCAAGGACUGCCUGCUCUCCGCUUCUGCUGCCUGUAAGCUUUAAUAUGGCGUUAAGGCAUGGUUGCCAAUCGGUUAUAGUCGCGGACCAGGCACAGCGUCCCGUCCGGAGUUCGGUGAGAAGACAUGAUGAUUGGACUUUUGGCAUCCUGAUACUCUGGUUCGGCCACCGUUUCUCUUGAAGCCAGUUAAACGCAGCCUAAGCUCGGAGCAGUUACUUCGAAGGGAGAACGGUUGACUAUGGGGGUGGCCAAAAUUCAAUAAUAAACGGAGCACUUACGACCAACGCCUUCAUCUAUGCAAAACGGAGCAACACCGACUGACCAAAGGACAAAUGUCAUGCCAUCUCAGACCAUGUCAUACCUAGCCAGACAUCUAUCGCCAUCCUGCAAGCACGAACCAUUCGUCAUUUUCUGUCCUCCAAUGAUUUAAUCUGUUUGUCAUUAGUCCGUAUAUUCUUCUUAAUGUUUUAUCUGCUUUUUUUUAUUUUUGCUGCAACCUCGGCUCAUGUCUUACAUAAUAACGGCUGGAUAAAAGAAACUCCGAAACCCGCGGAAUUUCUCUUGGUCCGAGCGCCCUUUUUUGGUUGUUUUUUCGAUGUUUUUGCAGGCAAAGCAGAAGAAACGCCGUGAAGAAGCGCCACUUUGUUUUUGCUGAUUUGUGUUGAUUUACAAGCUAUAGAGAAGCUGUUUGGCGGGAUGGCAUGACGCCCGAGAUGUCUGCUGGAACUCGCUGAGCAAUGUUGUUGUGCGUAACACUGGCGUAUCACUUCUGCUUCGUCCCCUUUUGUUUGCGCCAGCAUCGCCAGUUUCACACCCAACGCAGUAUAACCCGCUGAGCGAGCCCAAUUCUCCCUCUACAUACGCCGUUCGCUACCUAUCAUCGCAAUUAUGGAUGACCUCUCGGGCCUUGACUGGACUCAGAGCUCGAGCUCCCAGAAGCCCGCACCGGUAAACACUCUCUCAAGCAUGUCUGCUGCGACUCUACGUCCUACACCCCCCAUGUCCGGCCGCUCAAGUCCGUUUCCUCCACAACCCACCACGGCUUCGAAUAAGGCCCCAUCCUCAAAGCCAACGACACCUUCAAAUAAUGAUAGCUUUGCAAAUCUGCUGAACUUCCCGUCUGGAAACGCUACCAAGAACCUCUCCCUGGCCGAAAGGCAGAAGCAGCUGGCGGAACAAAAGGCACGUGAGGAGAGGGAGAGGCAGGAGAAGCUCAAGGCUCAAUAUGGCGGAGUCAAUGAUCAGAUAUGGGACAGUCUGGAGAAGUCCGGGACGGGCCAAGGUGCUCCCCAAGCUCAGGCCGGUGUGGUAAAGGGCGGGACAACGUCUGGAGGCGAUGAUGAAGAUGAUCUGCUAGCUGCUUUCAACGCUUCUGCGCCUGUUGACAAGUCUACCAACUUUCCUAUCCCCAGCCCCUCUCCUCUGUCUCGGGCAGAUUCCCGCUCUCCCGCCAGAGCUCCUACUACUACUGUCCUGGACGACGACGACGAUCCGUUCGGCAUGGCGGAGUUUAAUGCAAGCCGGCGCCAGAAGACAGAAGUUCAAGCUACGAAGGCACAGGCGCUAAAUGGUGCUGACGAUGAUGACGACGUACUGGGCCUCCUUGCAAAGCCAGUAUCUGAAUUUCCGAAACGUGAGACGACCAGCCCGGCAGCUGAGGUCCCCGAAGAGCCUGAAGCGGAGCGCUCACGACGUACCCCGGAAGAUAGAGCCAUCGCAGAAUUAGUAGAUAUGGGAUUCCCCAUUCACAAGGCGCGAGAGGCCCUUGCCGAGACUUCGUCCGGUACAGACGUCCAGCAAGCCGUCGGCUGGCUGCUCAAUCAGGCUCACAGCGAGGCAAAGGAAAAGGCACAAAGUAGAAACCAUACCGGCCAGCAGGAGAGAUCACCGGAUCCUGGGAUGUCUCGACGGUCAAGGAGGGAAGGCGAUGGUUAUGCUUCCUCUCGCGAUCGAUCUUCAAACAAUGGCACCCCCAGGGAAAAGGAUCCCGCUCAACUGGCAUCCGAAUUUGGAAGCACUCUUUUCAAAUCAGCCAAUUCGCUUUGGAAAACGGGUACGAAGCGGGUUCAACAGGCAGUUCAAGAAUUCAAUAACGGCUCCUCGGACACUUCGUCCCAGCCUCGCUGGAUGAGAGAUAGCACGCCAGAUCCUCCGAGAAGCAGGGAGCGGAAGGUGGAUAGCCGACGUGAAUCCCCCCAGGGAUCAGCACAGACAGAAACCAUGACGAAUGAAGCUAUGAUGCUCGAAACAUCCAGAGAACCAUCAACUUCGUCUUCACGUUCCCGAGGCGGAGAGCCCCAAGGUUCGCCCCACCAGGCUAGCUCGCGAGGCAGACCGGCGGAACUUCCUUCAAGGCCACGUUUUCAGCAGGAGGACGAUCUACGGAGGCAGAUCCAACGCCCGUCUUAUCAUCCUCAACCGGACGCCAGAAAACGGCGAACACCGCUAUCACGUUUUGAUGCAGAAGAGCAGGCGUCCCAGGCGUACGUCAGCCCAGCAAGGAGGAGGAAAGCUGCCUCCUCGGUUCCUCCUGGUUUUGACGCACCGGAACCAGACUUACUGCAAAGUCCGUCUCUGCCAGCUCGGCCAGCUCGUCCAGCAACAACGUCUCCAGCAAGGCCAUCUCGCACUUCCACCCCGGUCCGGCCAAAGGCACCUCCAAGGACAGUCCCACAGAUUUCCCCUGCAUCACUAGCAUCUAUACACAGCCACCGACAGAAAGGAUCAGAGGCUUAUAAGCGAGGUGAUUAUGCUGUAGCGCACGCUUCAUACUCCAGUUCCAUUUCUCUAAUACCCAACGACCACCCCAUCGUUAUCAUCUUGCUCACCAAUCGUGCCUUGACCUGUCUAAAGACAGGCGAACCUAAGAGUGCAAUUAGUGACGCGGAUCGUGCUCUCUCUAUCAUUGGUCCCUCGAAGGGUGACUCCGAGACCAUCGAUCUCGGCAAUGGAGAGCCACCAAAGGAUAUGCGAGAGUUCUUCGGUAAGGCCCUGAUGAGGAAGGCCGAGGCAUUAGAACAGCUUGAAAAAUGGAAAGAUGCGUCGGCCGUCUGGAGAGAAGCUAUUGAAUCUGGCCAUGGCGGUAAUACCAGCAUACAAGGCCGAAACAGAUGUGAAAAGGCCGUCUCUAUAGGACCAAAUGGCGCCUCGUCGACGCCAUCUAAGCCUGUUUCGGCACCUUCCCGCCCCAAACAAGCCCCUAGACCUGCCGCUCCCAAGUCGGUCUCGACAAAGCCGGCUGAGGCGGUCAGUCGCCUCCGAGCAGCAAAUGAGGCCGCUGACCGAAUAGAUAACGAGAAGUUUGACCUCGCUGAUGCCGUUGAAGCGAAACUCGCGGCUUGGAAAGGAGGGAAGCAAGACAACUUACGUGCCCUCCUAGCCAGCUUAGACACUGUAUUAUGGCCCGAAGCGGGAUGGAAAAAGAUCAGUAUGGCCGAGCUGAUUCUUCCCAAUAAAGUGAAGAUUCAGUACAUGAAGGGUAUUGCCAAGGUGCAUCCUGACAAGAUUUCCGUAAACGCUACUACUGAGCAGAAGAUGAUUUCCGGCGCGGUAUUCAGCACCCUCAACGAGGCAUGGGACAAGUUUAAAAGCGAGAACAACUUAUGA